CACAACAAUCCGACUGGAAACAAAAGCUUGAUCAAUGGCAGGUACCCCAUUGGCUGCAUAUAGCGUUUUACUAACUAAUGAGACAUUUAAAGUAAAUCCAAAGUAUUUAUUUAGUUGCUCAUAAAUGGAUGGUGUACCUUGUCUCCGUGUGUCUUGUUGUCAGGCACAGCAGUUCAGGAUGUAUCUCCAGUCCAGGGGGAUGUUCGACCGGAGUUUUAGCUUGGUUAAACAACCAGACGGGACAGUCCUCCUUCCUAUUUCACCAUCCUGCCUCUCACAGCUGGAUCUGCAGUCUCUCAGAAACACUUUGACUCCAGAUGUUUGUGACUUCACCUGGAGUCAGUCUCCACAGUCAAAAAAGGAGAAGGGAAGGAAAGCUGGAAGUAAACUGGAGAGAACCAUCCAGGAGUUGUUGGAGUCUCAGGGUGAAAGAUGGAUGGAGGAGAUGAGGAGCGAUCUUCCUCGGAGCUUCCAGAGGCAUGGAGACCUCGUCCUGCUGGGCGACAGCUGCUUUACUCUGCCGAUAUGGAAUAAAAUAGGCGAUCAGUUAUGGAGUGCAGUGACCAAAGAGCUGAGGGCGAAGCGGCUUGCAAAGAUGAGUCGAAUAUCCAGGGAUGGGUUCAGGUCUCCUGUGGUGACGAUGCUGCUGGGCGACAACAGCUGGGUCAAGCAUGUGGACAAUGGCAUCAGUUAUGAGUUUGAUGUUACCAGAUGCAUGUUCUCAGCCGGGAACAUCACAGAGAAGCUCCGUGUGGCCGGAUUUGACUGCAGAGGAGAGACUGUGGUCGACUUAUAUGCAGGUAUUGGCUACUUCACUCUGCCAUAUUUGGUUCAUGCGAGGGCCAGCCAUGUUCAUGCCUGUGAGUGGAACCCUGACGCCGUCGCUGCUUUACAGAAAAACCUGGAAGUAAACGGGGUGCCAGAGCGCUGCACCAUCCACCCAGGAGACAACCGUCAAGUUCAGCUGUGUAAUAUCGCCGACCGGGUGAACCUGGGUCUCAUCCCGACCUCUGAGGACGGCUGGCCCGUAGCGUGUCGGCUGCUGAAGAAGACGACCGGCGGCGUUUUGCACAUUCAUCAGAACGUCACCUCUCCUUUACUGAACGCUGCUGCUGGCGACGCCGCUCCUCAAAAUCUUUCUGCAAAGAACGCUGACAGAGAGGUGUGGCGGGCCUGGGCCAGUGACACCGCAGACCGAAUAACUUCUCUGUUCAAGGACCUCAGUGGUGCAUCAUGGGUAAUAAAUAUCCAGCACAUAGAACAUGUGAAGUCUUAUGCGCCUCAUGUGCACCAUGUUGUGCUGGACUUGGACUGCAGACCGAACUGAAUUAACACUGAAACAAUAUUCCUGCUGCUUUUAUUCCCAGGAAUAAAUAAAAGAAGGCUGCAGGGUCGAAAACACUUUUAUUUAACCCCA